AUGGCAGGCAAAGGCGACCGACCCGAGGAGCUCAGGGGCGUGCGCAGCGCUGAUCUGCAACGCAUCAUCCAGGCGGAGAACCGAAACCGAAACCGAAACCGAAACCGAAACAACAGGGGCAACAACCGCAAUGGAGCCCAUCGCCGCCGCUCUGAGGAACGGCGCCGCAAGAGUACAGCCCGCGGCAAGACGGACAGGGGCGUUGCCGUUCUGGACGAGUACGACGAAGGCGUUUGUCCGACAUGUUGUCUCACCACGUGCAGCCAUCAGUGCAUGGACGAGGAGAACGACGACAGCGAGUGA